AUGGCCAUUUUCUCAACCGAUAAUCCCUGGGCUUUUGCUUUUGGCCUUCUAGGUAAUCUUAUAUCUUUCGUGGUCUUUUUGACCCCAGUACCAACAUUUUAUAGGGUAUGCAAGAGGAACUCGACCGAAGGGUUUCAAUCGGUUCCGUACGUGGUUUCUUUGCUCAGCGCCAUGCUCUGGCUAUACUACGCAUCCAUCAACUCUGAGUCCAAUGAUUUCCUUCUCAUCACUGUCAACUCAGUGGGAUGUGUCAUAGAGACUAUCUACGUUGCUCUCUACCUUGCUUAUUCUCCUAAGAAAGCCAAGAUAUUUACAGUGAAGCUGAUGGUGACGGGCUUUGGAGGGUUUUGUUCCUUUCUUCUCUUGUCCGGCUUGUUAACAAAGGCAUCAACCAGGGUCCAACUUCUUGGGUGGCUUUGUGUUGGAUUCUCCGUCAGCGUCUUCGCAGCUCCUUUAAGUGUUAUGAGAAUGAUGAUCCGAACCAAAAGCGUAGAGUUCAUGCCCUGCUCUCUCUCAUUUUUCCUCACUCUCAGCGCUGCGACUUGGCUCCUUUACGGUUUAUUCCUCAAGGACAUCCGUGUUGCGGUUCCAAACGUACUGGGUUUUAUCCUUGGAGUGUUUCAGAUGGGACUGUAUCUGAUAUAUAGGAAGACGAAUGUGAUGAUUAUUGAGAUGGCUGAAAACAAUCAAGUGCCAUUCAAUGUCCCAAAUGAUUUAGGAGACGUUCCUAUGGUCGAUUCGACCGUUGCUAUGGAAGAUGUUCAACCCUCAGGGUCUAAAUUUGUAGUAGCCAAUGCUACGGGCCCUUGGGCUAACACCAAUUUUGGUGGUGUGGGUACAAGUCAUACGACUGGUAUGCCCGGGACUGUUUUUCAAAACAGUGUAUGCCAAAUGGCUUUUGGCUCUAUUUCUGGAGGGAUGGUUCAACGAACCUUGCCUACCGUGAUGGCAACACCUCCAAUUACAACUAAUGAGAAAUCGGAGAAAUUCACCGGAGUGGGCUUUAAACAGUGGCAACAAAAGAUUUAUGGGAGUCCUUAG